UGUGUGAGAGUGAACAACCAUCCAAAUGGCUCAACAGGGAGUUCUGCUGGACCAGGACCAUUUCUGUUGUUCUGUCUGUCUGGAUCUACUGAAGGAGCCGGUCACUACUACCUGUGGACACAGUUACUGUAGGAGCUGUAUUGAGGACUGCUGGGAUCAGGAUGUUCUGAAAGGGGUCUAUAGCUGUCCUCAGUGCAGAGAGACCUUCAUUCCAAGGCCUGUUCUGAGGAAAAAUAACAUGUUGGCUGAGCUGGUGGAGAAAUUGAAGAAGACAGGACUCCAGGCUGCUCCCCCUCCUGCUCUGUGCUAUGCUGGACCUGGAGAUGUGGCGUGUGAUGUCUGCACUGGGACCAGAAAGCAGAAAGCCCUCAUGUCCUGUCUGGCAUGUCUGGCCUCUUACUGUGAAACCCACCUCCAACCUCACUAUGAAUCUCCUGCUUUCAAGAAGCACAAGCUGGACAAAGCCACCGCACAACUACAGGAGAAGAUCUGCUCUCAUCAUGACAAACUGCUGGAGGUUUACUGUCGUACCGAUCAGCAGUGUAUCUGUCAUCAGUGUACAAUGGAUGAACAUAAAGGCCAUGAUACAGUGUCAGCUGCAGCAGAGAGGACUGAGAAACAGAGGCAGCUGGGGAUGAGUCAGCAGAAGGUCCAGCAGAGAGUCCAGGAGAGAGAGAAGGAGCAGAAGGAGCUCCAACAGGCUGUGGAGUCUCUCAAGUGCUCUGCAGUAGAGGUCAGUGAUCAGAUCUUUGCUGAGAUGAGCAGCUCCAUUGAGAGAAGGAGCUCUGAAGUGAAGCAGCUGAUCAGAGCCCAAGUGAAGGCUCAAGUGAAUCAAGCUGAAGGACUCCUGGAGCAACUGAAGCAGGAGGUAGCUGAGCUGAGGAAGAGAAGCACUGAGCUGGAGCAGCUCUCACACACAGAGGAUCACAUCCAUUUCCUCCAGAGUUAUCAGUCUCUCUCCAGUAUCAGUGUAUCUUCAGACUUACCCAGCAUCGUUGUCCGUCCUCUUCAGUACUUUGGAGAUGUGAGUAAGAUUGUGUCUGAACUGAGAGAGAAACUAGAAGACUUCCUUAAAGGAGAAUGGACCAAGAUCUCCACUACAGUGAAUAUAGUGGAUGUUGUACUGCCUCCAGAGCCCAAGACCAGAGAACAGUUGUUACAAUAUUCCUGUCAGCUCACACUGGACCCAAACACAGCAGGCACACACCUCUCUCUGUAUGAAGGGAACAGAAAGGUGACCACUACACGCCAAGUCCAACCAUAUCCUGGUCAUCCAGACAGAUUCACAAACAACUACCAGGUUCUGUGUACAGAGGGUCUGUCUGGACGCUGUUACUGGGAGGUGGAGUGGAGUGGGGUGUAUGUUAUUACAGCAGUCUCAUAUAAAGACAUCAGCAGAACAGAGAGAGAUAAUAGAUUUGGAUUCAAUAACAAGUCCUGGAGUUUACUGUUUUCUAGUGAUGGUUAUUAUUUCAGACACUAUAAUGUUGAGACUAAAGUAUCAGGCCCUCAGUCCUCCAGAGUAGGAGUGUACCUGGAUCACAAGGCAGGUACUCUGUCCUUCUACAGUGUCUCUGACACAAUGACCCUCCUCCACAGAGUCCAGACCACAUUCACUCAGCCUCUCUAUCCUGGGUUUUGGCUCUCUGGUACUGCUGAGCUGGUUAAACUGUAGUAGGGUCCACAUAGAUACUAGUCAUGCUGGUGUAGUCUAUAGCUGAGCUGGUUAAACUGUAGUAGGGUCCACAUAGAUACUAGUCAUGCUGGUGUAGUCUAAAGCUGAACUGGCUAAACUGUAGCAGGGUCCACAUAGAUACUAGUCAUGCUGGUGUAGUCUAUAGCUGAGCUGGUUAAACUGUAGUAGGGUCCACAUAGAUACUAGUCAUGCUGGUGUAGUCUAAAGCUGAGCUGGUUAAACUGUAGUAGGGUCCACAUAGAUACUAGUCAUGCUGGUGGUGAUGGUCCCCAGAUAUAAUGGUCUGUUUUUCUGUACAAUAAUUUGUCUGACUUUAUAGUUGAAUUAAAAUGUAAUGUACUUAUUUUUAUCAAAUACAGUGUUUUUCUGACUGAA